AUUUGAUGCCUACCCAAAAGCCCAUUCAGUGAGAGAGAAAAAGAAAGUAAAAGGAAAGAACCCAAAAAAGAAACAAAAGGAAAAUUUGGCAGAGAGUGAAAGGAGUGAGUGGGAAGAGAAAGAGAAAGAGAGUCUCUUUCUUUUUGGUGUAUUGGGUCAGGUUCUUUUGCCAAUGCCAAAGUUCUUCACGCUCUCUGCAAAACAAAUAAAAUGCACUUCUACUUGUAGUAACCAUCAUUAUUAUUAUUAUGAAACCACUACAACAAUAAACAAUACUUUCAUUUUUCUCUCUUCAUCAAAAUAUUCUCUUCACUAUGAUGGGUUUGAUUGAUCUCAACACUACUGAGGAAGAUGAAACACCAUCUUCUGGUUCAUCUUCAAGUACAAGCAUAGGUAGUGUUGGUGCUGGUUCUUCUGUGUGUUUGGAGCUAUGGCAUGCUUGUGCUGGUCCUAUGAUCUCUUUGCCAAAGAAAGGAAGUGUUGUUGUUUACUUCCCUCAAGGACACUUGGAACAUCUUCAUGAUUUUCCGUUAUCUUUUUCGGAUAAUAUUCCUUCUCAUGUGUUCUGUCGUGUUGUUGAUGUCAAGCUUCAUGCUGAGGAAGGGAACGAUGAGGUGUAUUGUCAGGUGUUGUUGGUUCCUGAAAGUGAGCAAGUGCAACAAAAGUUGAGGGAAGGGGUAAUUGAUGGUGAUGGUGAUGGUGAUGGUGAAGGAGAGGAUACUGAUGCUGUUAUGAAGUCAACAACACCUCACAUGUUCUGCAAGACUCUUACUGCUUCUGAUACUAGCACUCAUGGUGGAUUCUCUGUACCUCGUCGAGCAGCCGAAGAUUGCUUUCCUCCCCUGGAUUAUUCUCAACAAAGACCUUCUCAAGAGCUUGUGGCAAAGGAUCUGCACGGCCAGGAAUGGAAGUUUCGACAUAUAUAUAGAGGGCAGCCACGAAGGCAUUUGCUUACGACUGGAUGGAGUGCAUUUGUUAACAAGAAGAAACUUGUAUCUGGAGAUGCAGUUCUGUUCCUCCGGGGAGAGGAUGGCGAAUUGAGAUUGGGAAUCCGCAGGGCAGCUCAAUUAAAAAGUUGCAGCAAUUUUUCAUCUAUCUCCGGCCAGCAAUUGAAUCUUGGUAGCCUUAGGGACAUAGUUAAUGCUUUAUCUACUAGAUGUGCCUUUAGCAUACACUACAAUCCGAGGAUUGGUUCAUCUGAGUUCAUCAUACCUAUCCACAAAUUCUUAAAGAGCCUUGAUUAUUCUUACUCAGUUGGAAUGAGGUUCAGGAUGCGUUUUGAAUCUGAAGAUGCUGCAGAGCGAAGAUUCACAGGAUUGAUUAUUAGAAUUACUGAUGUGGAUCCUGUUAGAUGGCCUGGAUCAAAAUGGAAAUGCCUAGUGGUAAGGUGGGAUGACAUGGAAGCUUCAAGGCUCAACAGGGUUUCACCAUGGGAGAUUGAGCCCUCAGGCUCAUCAUCCACCACCAAUAGCUUGAUGGCAACUAGUUUGAAGAGGACCAAGACUGGAUUGCCUUCAUCAAAGCUAGAGUUUCCGGUUCCCAGUAGAAUUGGGACAUCAGACUUUGGGGAAUCACUGCGGUUCCAAAAGGUCUUGCAAGGUCAAGAAAUUUUAGGCGUUGAUACUACUUUCAAUAGUAUCAAUGCUCAUAGUCACCACCAGUUAUCUGAAUUACGGAGGUGCUAUCCCGGUUCAACCUAUCCCGGGAUCGCUUCAACAGGAAACAACAUCAGAAUCCCACAAAUGAAUUCUGAUGUUUCCUGCAAUGGCUUUGGUGAAUCUUUCCGAUUCCAGAAGGUCUUGCAAGGUCAAGAAAUACUUCCUAGCCAACCAUAUGGACAAGCCUUUUCUGUCGACGAGGCGUGUAGAAAUGGUCGCUUUGGACUCUUUGAUGGUCACCACCAGGUGCCAAGAUCCACAAAUGGAUGGUCUUCCCAGACGAGUAACAACUCACAUUUUCAUCCAUCAGUGUUGAUGUACCAGCAAGCGUCAAACAUGGAUUAUAAUAGCAAAAUCAAUCCGGUGAUGGAGGAUAACGUCCUUCAAAGAGGUUCGUACUAUGCUUCUGAAAUGAAAGAUGGUACAUUUGCGUCGACACCAACUAAUAAGCCUAUUUUCCGCGGGCUAGCUCAUGAAGACACAAAUUCAUUUGGUACACAUUCACGCGAUUUGGUUACACUACAGAGAAGCGGUCAAGAGUUGGUUUCCACAUGUAAAAAUAGCUGCAGAGUGUUUGGUUUUUCAUUAACCGAGGGUGCUCCCAUUGCAAAUAAAGAUGCUGAACCCUCUGCAGUCACUUGCCAGAUAAAUCCUGGACCUCCCUCCUUCACAAGACAUAUUGAAGAUGAUUUCAAUCCAAGGCAUUCACUUCGGAGCAAGGCGGUUGAAAGUUACUGUACCAAAGUAAGCAAUAUUCAUCCUGUGAGAGACAUGAUUAUUGAUAGAGUAUUCUAGCGUACUUUUCUUUAAAUGGAAUCUGUAAGUUUUCGAAACUGGAAUUGUUGAUAUACGAGGUUAUUAAACAUCUUUGAUUUUCGAUAUGGUCUAAA